AUGUCAUCCCCUGCAGCACAUCCUCAGCCAACUGUACACAUCCUUGGAGGAAGUCACAGGUCCUCAAUAGAGGGCUCGACCAUUAACGUGAAUCCCACAUAUCAAACGGUGACUAGGUCUAGAGGGAUCGACAUCUUGACGAGAGCCGUCUCCCCCAAUGCCUUCCACAACUCAGACGACCGUCCCGAUCCUCCGAAAUGCCAUGAGAACACGAGGGUGGCGAUCAUCAAGAAGAUAAUGGACUGGGUGACGGCCAAGAUCGACACAGAGGCUUUCAUGCUCUGGCUCUACGGUCCCGCCGGCGCAGGAAAGUCUGCCAUCGCCCGUACAGUAGCAGAACUGUGCGAGGAACAGGGACUGCUCCUUGCCAGCUUUUUGUUCUUCCGCACAGAUGCACGACGAAACACGAUGAAGCCGCUGGUGGCCAACCUCGCGUAUCGAAUUUCCUGUGUUAUUCCAGCGGCUCGGGCACACAUCGAAGCCACUGUGGAGGCUGAUCCCCUUAUCCUCUCAUACUCACUUCAAGACCAGUUCGUCAGACUCCUCUUCGAGCCUCUUCGACUACUGUCAGAACGAGGCCACUUUUCCUCAGUUCCAUUACCUCCGUUGAUCAUCAUCGAUGGCCUCGAUGAGUGCCUAGAUGAAGGCUCACAGACCUCACUCAUUCGACUUCUCUUCUCUUUAACGUACCGUUACCAACUCCCUCUCAAGUUCCUGAUCACCAGUCGUCCAGAGGCAGACAUCAAACCUGCCUUUGCAGCAAUUUCGCCCGUUUCCCACCUUGAGCUCAACGAUGACUUCUUCCCUGACGACGAUAUCCGCCUCUUUCUUGAAGACAAAUUUCGAGAGAUCAGGUCCUCCCAUCCAUUCCGCUCGCGGAUCCCUUCCGACUGGCCCAAUGAAAUGAAUGUGGAUACUCUGGUCCAAAAGGCCUCUGGCCAGUUUAUACAUGCGUCGCUCGCUGCGCGCUUCGUUGACUCACCUCGCCAUUUACCCAAUCAGCGCCUCGAGAUCCUCCUCGACCUUCGUCCACCCACCAAUCGUGACCUUCCUUUUGCAGAACUUGACAACCUCUACACGUGGCUCCUUUCUCGCGUUGAAAAUCCGCCCCUGGUCUUGCAGAUCCUGGGGGUCAGCAUCGCUCUCAAAGGGGGAUCAAGUUCAGUCUCCAUCGGGAACGUAGAGUAUAUAUUAGACUUGGAGGAUGGGGACCUGAUUGUUGCCCUCACUGAUCUUGGCUCUAUUCUUCGAUGUCAUCUGAGAAAGCCCUUCGGCGGUGUACAAUUCCACCACCGUUCCUUUGAAGAUUUCCUUCUCAAUCCACAACGGUCAAAAGAACACUACGUUGAUGGUCGCAAAAGCCAUACGGCAAUUGCCCAAAGGGUCCUUCGGGCUUUCAGGCGAACUGGUACUGCAAUAAUUUUGGACCCCCGAGCUAACAGCACCCCAUUUCACAUUGACCUGAAGGGGCAUUUGGCAUCCUCAUAUGCCUCAGCAUCAUUUGAAUACGACCUCAAAGAGUUCUCCUUUGCAAUUUAUUCGCAUUCAGUUGCCAAUUCAAUAGGUGCAGACAAUACAGAAGUAAUGGUUAAGGGCUGGAUACAACCAUCAUUUGGAUUCCUGCAGUAUCUACAAGAAAGUAACAAACUUGAUCUCUAUCGCUGCCAGUCAGAGGACUUCAUAACUCACAUUAUUUCUUGGUUUGAAGGCCGUCCCUAUCCCGAAAAUUUUAAUCUUCUAAACGCUGUGUGGCAACCAAGACUGACGCGUCUCAUGUACUGCUGGACCCUCCAAAUCCUCGAUGGGGCUCUGCGCACAGGUGGGAAGUCAGACCAACUCACGAACGCCCUCUCAAAGCCAAUUGAACUCUGGCCGCUUUCUGUAUUCUUCCCGCGACGCGUAAGACGCCUCAAGAAAGACAUUGCGACCUACAUGGACAAGUUUGGCCCACGAGGCGAGAGCCCUGAGGAUAGCACGGCAGACUCGGAGGCUGGUUCACAAUGUGAAGAGGAUGAAGACUGUUUCGAGGAGCUCUCGGAUGAGGGGGAGGUGUAUUUCUCUUGUUCCGAAUAUUUGUAA